AUGACAAAAGGCAUCCUCUGGGUCUCAUCCCGCAUAACACAGCCUGAUAAACUCUCCCCCGAGAAAUUCUGCAAGUGGUACGAAGACGUGCACAUCCAAGAAGUCCUCGUCCUCCCCAGCCUCCCCUCCGCCAUCCGCUGGGAAGCCAUGUCCCCCCAGCCAGGCCCCGACACGCUCUCCACCUCCGCGCCCUGGCUCACCGUCUACGAAAUGACCGACGUGGACUACCGAAACUCGCCCGCAUUUCGCGCGCUCAACGGACAGACGCCGCCACCUCAAGAACUGCUGGACGAGAUAUUCAAGAACGCGCGCUUCGACACGCGCUUCUAUCAGGAAGUGCAGAACUACGAAAACCCCAACGUCACCGGAGCGCCUGCAGAUGGUGCGUUUUUGAUUUCCGCAGCCCUGCAACCUCCCGCGUCCACUGAAGCGAUCGCCGAUUUCAACAAGUGGUAUGCAGACGAACAUCUCGCUAUGCUGGCUAAAGCACCCGGGUAUGUGCGCACGCGCAGCGCUGCAUGA